AUGCGACAGCUGAAAGGCGAGGAGGCGCCCACCAUCGCCCCGGAUUCUUCCGGCUCGGCCAUCUGCACAGAGGCCUCGGCGCCCUGUGGCUUUGGCCCGCCGCCGUCGGAUGCCUCGGGCUCCAACUUGGCGGAGGUCUUCGCGGAGUGCCGUGAACCGAAGGAGGCGACGCUGCAGGAGGUCGCCAAGAACUGCCCGCCCGAGCCCUCGGAGCCGGCGAGGGAGGCGGCUUCGGUGGCUGCAAAUGCGCCGCCGGAGCCGGCGGCGCUGUCGGCAUCGGAGCGGUCCGUUAGAGAUCCGCCGAGGGAAGCAGAGCCCUUCGUCGUGCCUAGCUGGGCUGCGCCGCGAGGCCCGGCCACGGAGAAGCCUCUGCCGGGGCCUCCGCCUCCGGCGCCGCCGGCGCCGGCGCCUCUGGCGCCUGCCGCUCCCACGACGCCGCCGGAAGCGGCGCCGGAAGCGGCGCUGGAAGCGGCGGAGCCCGGCACCAGCGGCUGGAUGCAGAACCUCAGGGGCUCGCAUGAGGACGACGACUUCGCCGCGGACGACCCCAUGGUCUUCGCGAAGCCCAAGGCGAAGCAAAAGCGCAGGUCCAAGUCCAAGCAGAGUGCGUCGAGCGCCGCGAGUGCGAGUGCCGAGCCUCGAUCGGCUGGAUACGUGCCGGGCUCGUCUGGCGCGGGGUCGGCACCCGCCAGGCCCGAGCCGGAGGUGUAUCCGGAGGGCUUGGGCUGGAUGCACGACCUGGACAACGUGCUGAACCAGCCGAUGUUCAGCAAAUCCAGGAGUCAGCCUUUGCCACGGGGCAAAAGGCCACCGCGGCCUGGGUCGGAGGAGCCUGGAAGUGCCUCCAGCAGCUUCAGGAGGACUCGCACCAGCACCGGCGGAGCCGGCGGAGCCGCUUGCGGAGCUGGCGCAGGUGUCCAAGGAGCGGACUUGGGCUCCAGGCCCGCCUCGGGAUACUUCAGCCGCGCCGCGCCCGGGGCGGCGCAGCAGCUGCCGGAGGCGUUGAGAAAGCGCCUGGAAGAGCGGAAUGAGGUCCAGCGGCGGCAGCAGGAGCAAAAGCGGGGGCAGAAGAAUUCCUCCCACUCCCGCAUGCACGGCAGUGAAGCAGAGGAGAGCGGGGGCUACCCGGAGCCGGCCCCGGUCAAGCUGCCCCCAUUGGACGGAGGCAGCGGCAGGGGCCGCCGCGCGAUGUCGCAGCCCCCGGUGGAUUUGCCUGGCGCGCAGGAGCCCAAGAAGCCGCGCCCAAAGUCGCAGCCACCGGGGGACGAGGAAUGCAGCCGUCAGAUGUUUGACAAGAACACGCUGCGGACGAUGCAUCGGGACCUUUUCAUGGGCGCCAUCCAGCAGUUCCGGGAGCGUCAAGUGGCUCGCGAGGUGCCUGCGGCCCCGAGCUCCUCUUCGGUGAAGGUGUGCCUCAGGAAGCGGCCCAUCUUCGCCGCGGAGACGCGCGCGGACUUCGACGCCGUCUCCGUGCUGCCGGGGUCUUCGCCGGGCCAGGUGACGGUCCACAACUGCCUGUUCCAAGCGGAUCUGAAGACGCCCUUCGUGCAACACUUGAGCUUCGACUUUGAUGAGGUCUUCGACGACCAGGCCGGCCUCUUCGGCUUCGGCUACAACCGUGUGAACUACAAGUUCGACCAGGGUCAACGAUGGGCUCGCUUCACCGCCGGGCGAGCCAACGAGCUCAAGAGGGUCGCCAUGUUCCGUGAGGAUGUCUCGGACCUGGCCGCUGUGUCCGUGAGCAAGCUGAAGGUCUACGUGCCAGUGCUCACCAUGAGCCUGGGCUACGUGCUCACUGUCCUAGUGGAGGCACGAUCUGGUCUGAAGUUUCCCGCCCCGCCCACCUUUGCGAGCGGCCUCUACCUCAAUUGCCUGGCCGUUUCCUUUGCCUUCAUGACGCUCUCCAUUUGGCUCUGCUGGCACGCGGCCAUGCGGGCGCAGAUCGCCAUGGUGCAGCUGCGCACGCGGAAGGUGCGGCUGCCGGUGCCCUCGCAGAGGCAGCUGGACAGCGCCCGGAAGAUCCUGUCCAGCUACGAGGAGCAGGGGGUCUACGACAUGUUCCGCCUGCCCUUCAUCCUGCCAAACACUGGCAACACCCCGCCCGGCUCCGACGACGAGAAGAAGACGAAGGACGAGAAGAGCUCUUCCAAGACGGGGUAUUCCAAGGCCGGGCUUCCCGGCGUGGCUGCGAAGAUGAAGCACAAGGUCAAGGAGCUUCAUGAAGAAACCGGGGGCUCCAAGAAGGAGCUGGCGCACGCCGCCCGGAUGCCCGGCUUGACCUCGGGUGCGCCCAGCUGGAUGGAGAAGGAGAUCGACGCCAGGGAGGACCUGCCCAAGGCGUCGCCCAGCGCCUUCGGCAACGAGGCGCCGCCGGAGCCCUACGAGCACUUCGAGCUAAUCCGCCAGGCGCAGAAGGACUACUGGUGCGCCGAGGCCUACGCGCGCGUGACCUUCCUCAUUGGAAAGAUGCACUUGAUCCAGUCCUUCGCCUACUGGCUGGUGCUGCACAACGUGGCGGAGCUGGGCUUGAUCUGGGGCUCGGUGGUCUGCGGCUCCGCGCUCACGGCGGGGGUUUGGAUCAUGUUCCGCAUGGACGUGCUGCCCUCCCACGGCGGCUGCUUCCCGUUCGAGAUUGGCGGCCCCUUCAUCGAGGCGAUCUCGCUGGCGCUGGCCUACACGCACCAUCCCACCAAGCCUGUGGUGGACAUCUCCCGCGCCGUGGCGAUCCUCGUGUACUUGAUGCAGAUCGGCCAGACGGUGCGCAUGUACGUGGUGGCGCAGCCGGCGAACUCGGCGGCCGGGGCCACGCACCAGGCGAGGGAGACCGGGGAGCGGCUCUUCAACCAGAGCGCCUCCUGCGAGAGCCCGGCCUGGUUGCCGGCAGCCUUCCAGCACGUGUCAUACCUGGUGGCGCCUCCCAAGACCAAGGCGCAGUUGGACAAGGAACAGGUCGACAGGGACCAGACCCACAUCCACGAGGACCCCAUGGUGAACGUGGACAUGACCCCUUGGUAUUACGUGCGCGUGCUGCUGGUGAUUACCGUGGUCAGCUGGUCCGUGUUGCUCACUGGCCGCAUCGUGGAGUGCAUCAUGAGCGAGCGCAUGCUGGUGACGAACCCCGGCGCCCCGCCCUGGACGCGCAUCGGCCGCUGGUACGGCUGGGAGAGCGGGCCCAUCACCUCCAAGCACUACGCCCACGUGACGCCCAUGCGAGGACACUUUGCUUGGCAGAAGGGAUGGGGGCCACAAGGCCAGCAGGAGCUGUGGGCAAGCGAUAUGUUCGGCUUCCACCCGGAGGCGGACAUGCAUUGGUCAGAGGCAGAGGGCCCCCAGCCUCAUGUGGGCGUGGCCGGCAAUGGGGAGAACACCUGGUUCGAGGGCGUCAUCAAGUAUGCGCGCGUCUGGGAGGGCGGCCACGAUUGGCUCGACAGCGGAGGCCACAGGCGCCUGCAGAGCGCAGACGAGGUGUCCACCGUGGUGCGGCCGGUGGUCCCUGCGGCGGUGGCCUGGCCUCCGCUGCUGGAGCCGGAGCUCUUGGCCUGCGGCGCCGGCGGGGUGGUGGCCAUGUCCCCUGGAGGCCGGGGCGCCUUCUUUGAGACCCGGGCGGCCACGGAAGGCUUCGGCAGGUCCUGGGACUUCAGCGCGGAGGGCCUGUUGGAGCUGGGACUGGCGCGGGGCAUGAACUGGGGCAAUGGGCGCCUGCUGGUGCACACAGGCUCCGGAGCCAUUGCUGCAUGCCCGACGAGCACAAGUGGUGUGCUCAGAUGCAGCGCCCUGGACCUCCCGAAGCUUCACGCCGAGGUGGCGGCAGUGACGGAGGAAGUCGAGGGCCAUCCCUUCCGUGCGGCGGUGCUGGGCGCCGGCAAGGUGUUGCUGCAUGAGCUCUCCGGCCUCGACUGGCGCCUCAAGGCCGAGUUCGCCAUCCCUGGGGAGGCGAAGGUGGUGGCACUCUCGGGGGAUCACCACAGGCUUCUGGCCGCCAACAGCGACGGCUCCGUGCUCCAGUGGCGCCUCGCCGCGGCUUCCGGAACCGCCGCUUCGGCGCCCGUGGCGCGGGAAGUGCCGAAGGCGGGGCCGCGGCGCAGCUGGAGCGGGGCCUGCGGCUUGGAGGGCAAGGUGCUGCGGCUGGGGAGCAAGUGGCGGCAUCACCAGGGGCACAAGGAGUGGUCGGUGAACAGUGAGGAGGUCUACAGCAAGGUGGCCUACAACCUGGUGGAGCGGACACGUGACGGUGGCGUGGGUACCAUGUUUAUGUUCGGGCAGACCGGCAGCGGCAAGACCCACACCAUGACGGCGAUCCAGGAGCUGGCCUCCCAGGACCUCUUCCACGGCGAAAACGGCGUCUCUUGGCUCUCCGUGACCUUCCUGGAGCUCCGGGGCCACCGCUGCUUCGACCUGCUGGCGCACAGCGCGGCGGGCGCCGGCCGCAAGGACUCGCGCCCGGAGCUGCGCCUGCGGGAGCAGUUGGAUGGGUCCUAUGGCGCCGAGGGCGCGGUGACUCUGUUCCCCAACUCUCCGGAGGAGCUGUGCGCGGUCAUGCAGAUGGCCCAAAGUCGGCGCGCCACCAGCGCCACGGACGCCAACGCGGUGAGCUCCAGGAGCCACGCGGUGUGCAUCUUGCGCCUGCUGCAGUGCGAGGGCCAGCUGAUGCUGGUGGACUGCGCGGGCACGGAGCGGCGCAAGGACUCCAUGUACCACUCCAAGGAGCGGCAGCAGGAGGGCGCGGAGAUCAACGCGUCCCUGCAUGCGCUGAAGGAGUGUAUCAGACACUUUGCCACGCAGCAGCGAGUUCCAGGCCAUGCCUAUCGAGCCUCCUCACUGACAAAAGUGCUGGCGGAGGCCUUUCGGGGCAAGGAGACGAGCCUCGCGGUGGUUUGUACUGCCUCGCCCUGCGCUACGGACACGGAGCACACGAUCUCCACCCUACGUAUGGGCGCGGCACUGGCAGGCCGCUCCGAGCACGAGCAGAAGCAGGGGGUAGAGCUGCAAAAGAAGCGGCGGGUGGCGCACCCCAAGCAGUGGACCCCCGAGCAGGUCUCAGAGUGGCUGUGUGGCUUAAACGGCGGCCAGUUCCGGGACGCCGCGGAGGCCUUGCCCUCCAGCUGCACGGGGCAGAUGUUGGUGCGGCUCACCGAGAACCGCCCGGCGGAGUUCACAAGCAGCAUGGGCCGUGCCAUCCCCGUGAUUGGUGCUCUUGUGGAAGGCUCAAGCCUCGUUGCUGCCUGGGAUUCCGCCAUGCUUCGUCUGGCCCUCGUUGCGGCCCUGAGCCCUGCCUUUGCCAAGGACUUCUUGGCCAAGAAGUCGGUCACCGCCACCUGCCACCUGCAGGGCUGGGCGGAUGCCACCCAGAAGGCCGAGGUGCUGAAGGUGGCCGAGGACUGCUUUUCCUGGAACCCCAUCGCCACGCAGACCAUCAGCGACAUUCAGACCUCCCUGACCGACGCUACGGAUUGCGUGCUCUAUAACCUGGAGCAGCGCUGGGGCUGGAAGCCCGAGCUCUUCGGGAGGGGCGGGGACAUCGGGGGGCCCUACGACACCCAGGGCCGUGAUGGCAAGGUGGUGGUUGGAGUCAACACGCCAACGGGCAAGUGGAAGUUCGCCUUGGCCAAGGGCUCCGGCGCCCCCAGUUCCGGCGCCAGUUCGUCCGCGCCCGCCGCGCCGGUGGUGACGAGCCUCCACCGGGGGGACGCCAGCGCGGCGCAGGAGGCGGAGCUCAUCCACUUCGCGGAGACCUGCUUCGCGGCGAACGAGAUUGAUACAUCUAAUGUGGGCAGCUUGGAUUCAUCCCUCGGCCGGGCAGUGGGCUGCGUGCUGGACAAGUGCCAGCAGAAGUGGGGCUGGAAGCCCUUACUCACCGGCGAAGGCUCCAACAGCGGGGGCCCCUACGACACUCACGGCCUAGGCGCCACGGUGAUCGGCGCGGAGACCAGCGCGGGGAAGUGGCAGUUCAUUCUCCACCUGAAGUACUGA